AUAUGGACUCCGAUUUCUUCUCUCUGAAUUCGACCGAUAAUCUCGUACUUUAUUGUGUUUAGAUUUAUUUGCUUCUUCAGUCAAUCCUUCCUUUUUUUCUUUCUUUUCAAUCAUAUCUGUUGCUUUUUCCGCGUCCUGCACAUUUGCUUUUUACGGUUGAAGUCUGGGGAUGAGACUUCGGUAUUUCCUUUCUGAUCCACUCGAAUAAAUAAAUAAUAUUAGCACAUUUCCCAACAGGAUUUGAUAAUAUAUAUCCCUUUUAAUUCCUUUUUCUGUCUCUCUUUCCUUCUGCGUUUUACUUUAAAAGCAGGAACGCAUGCCGACGAGAACGGAGACGAAGACGAAAGAGCUCCCAACGACGGCCAUAGAAGAAGACCUCGCGCGUGAAGAGUUGACUGCAGGAAGAAAACAUCGAACGGAGGAACAGAAGGUGGGGGCUCCCUACAUAUAUUAUCGGACACUCGAACGUCUAAUUAGCCGAUGUUGUGGCGUACGAUUGCGGAAAGAUGCAUCGACCUACACCCUCCUCAAAUACCAAUGGUGGAAUCUUCAAAGGUGGUAAUAUAUUUGGGGGCAGUAAGACUCCAACUUCAAAUCGGCCAAGUACCAGCGGAGGUUCCCCUAAAAGCGAAUCCAAGUACAGUCCAACACAUCAACCGACUCACCAACCGAGACCAUCUGUAACGGGCUUCAGUCGCAAACCCUCCUUUUCCGCAUCCUCUCGCCAUAAUCGACGUAACAAUUCCACUGCGCAUUUGCAUUCUACACUUCUGCCCAACCUUCCAUUGUUUCCCUCUUCGAACUCAUCCGAAAAGCAUUCCGCUGCGAACAAUCCCUAUGUCGUCCCAGUAAACCUUCCAUUACCACCUUCGGAUCCCCGGCAAAGUAUAGACAGUUACGAUCGCGUUGUCUUAGCAGAAAGCACAGGAGCCAAUUCGUUUGGAGACACAUUACCGCGUCAAUCAAUAGAUGCUCAAUCUUUCACCUCGACGACGCCAUAUUCGAAGAUGCUUGCUAGACCAGGAACGGGUUACCAGUCCUCAGGGGGAGGGCCUGCGGGACCCGGUGUAAUGGCUCCAAUGCAACCUGGUAGUCCUACGCUUGAGACCAUAACUUACCAGCACAUACAAGAGAUGGCGUCGAAGAGAAUCUCUACUUUGGAUUAUUUACGCAAGGCUCAUGAAGGAAGGGUCUACUGGUUCAAUACAUUAUUGUUCAACAAGCCCGACUUGCAGCGAAUGCCCUACUUCGAUGCGCGCAAACUCGCUCGUCGCGCGACAAAUUAUCUUCUUCUCGGUCUUUCACUCCCUACAAUACUCGACCUUAAUUCCUCAAGCCCUUCCGAAUUUCUGCGCACGCUGAACGCGCUUCUUGGCGAAUUCGAAUCUUUCCAACAAGCGCAUCCACCGGAUGGAUCGACAUCUUCUUCGUUAUCACGCGGAAGGUUUCCCCAAAUGUUCAAGCGCUCAACUAUGAUCCCAAGUAAAGGACGACGCACAAGUUCUGCAACCGAAAUAGGAUUACCGAUGGGGAACGAUGUCUCAGAUGCGAAAUCCAUUAAUGGCAGUACAUCGAGUGGAGGUGGAAAUGGCGCGACAUCAUUCCCAGCAAGUGAGAACGAUUUAUUGCCAGGGGAGGAAUAUACAUAUCUCUUAACACCAUCUCUACCAUUCGAUCCCGAUUUCUACGAGACGUUUGCGACACUGUGCGAUGUAUUGAUCGAUUGUUAUACAAGAUUGAUGAGCCUGGUAUCGUCACCAAAAGAGUGCAGUCCACAGAUUGCGGAAAUGUUUACGAAGGCGGAUGCUAGAGUAAGGAAGAUUAUCGUGCAGGGGGUCGUAAAGGAAUUUGAGGAUAGCAGCAGAGGCGGAGUAAAGAGUGAGGUUGCAGGCGUUGGAAGAGUGGUUUUGGGUGGGCUUAUGUGAAGGAUACUGUUUACUAUUGCAUUUUAUGGGCGGAUUAACGGCUUGAUACCAUAUGAGGACUAUGACGGGUUGGGAAAUUUAAAAAGGAGAGCGGCGUCACUUGCAUACAUGUGCAUCACUGUCUUGGGGUUUUGGAGUAUCAAUUGCAUGGCAGAUAGAUGGAAGUAAACAUAAUAUUUUUAUUGAAUAAAGUCGAUGGACAAAAAGAAAAAGAAAAGCUUUGUAAAGUUCAUCAGACACCAUAACGCAAUUGUGGUCAUCAAAUUAUGAGCCGCUUUUUACACGGCUCAAUUCAGUGCUUGACUCUAUUUGGUAAUCAUCACCUGAACUGCUUUUAUCAUCGCAACAAAGUCCAGCUCCUUCGACAGAGCUUCCAAGAUGGCCGACUUCCAAUCAAGGACGACCCUUUCGGUGAAGAAAGGGUUAGAGUUUGGUGUCCCAAUCUUCAGUCAUAAACAUCUUUGCUUUCCUAUAAGCUAUAGACUCAAAAAUGUAAUUGAACUUCUCGCAUCAAGAAUAAGCCCCAUCGAGUUACUUUCCCAGCUUUGCAGCAAAGGAAAGCAAUCGCAUAACUAUCGAUCUCGACGAAAAAGCCUCGACUACCAUUAACACUCCCACCCCAAUCAGGAACAUGUCUUCUACCUCCCAUUACCACUCUUCUUCAAGUCAAUUGGAAGCAUUGCACAGGGGCUCGGACUCAUAUCUUCAUCCAUGUGGUCUCCCAUGCUCCGAAUUCAAUCUCCAAGAAGCCUCGUGGAAACAGUAAUAACGGCAAAAGGAUGGAUGAAAUUGGGGGUAAAGAAUUGGUAGAAGAGAAGCCGCAAGUGCUUCUAUGGCGGCGCGUUUCCGCAAUCCUAACUUUUAGAAAGAAGGGUGUCCGGGGACUUUCUCCCAAAGCAUAAGAGUAGAGUGAAACAUCGAUGAAGAUAUUUCUGUUUGUGUGCUUCGAAUGCGAUUCUUUGAGCGAGAAGUUGUA